GUAGAUUCUCUCAGCUUCAAGAACAGAGCACCGAAUGGAAGAAUCACAUGAACUGAUCAUCACAGAUGGAAAAUCCAAAAGUUAAUGAGAACCCAUUAAUCUGGAGACUUCAACUGAGGAUGCAGACAAAGCAUUCAACUUCUAGCGACAGAGGUCUUGAAAUGCAGAAAAAAUGUAAGUUCUUCUAAGCUUUCCGACUGAGGAAUCACUAGUCGUGAGUUGAUAACAUGGCUGAGGAGAGUCGAUUGAUCCGCGAUAGCAACUUCCAUCAAGAUGAAUCCAUAAGCAACUCACCACAGAUGGACGCUCAUGAGACCUUAGGAGAGAUGCAUGAUCAACAACAACACACGAAGAGCAAGGGAAAAGAGGCGACCAAGAACACAAUCCCAUUCUACAGGCUGUUUUCAUUUGCAGACUCCGUAGAUUUUGUGCUUAUGAUUGUGGGAUCCAUUGCAGCUGCUGUGAAUGGCGUUUCCACACCUUUUACGACCAUUCUCUUUGGGCAGUUGAUUAAUUCAUUUGGAGAAAAUCCGGACCCUAAAAAGAUGCUUAAUGAAGUUUCCAAGGUAUCUCUGAAAUUUAUUUAUAUGGCUGUGGUGACGGGCCUGGCAGCAUUCUUCCAGUUGUCUUGCUGGGUAGUCACUGGGGAAAGACAGGCGGCCCGAAUAAGGAAUUUGUACUUGAGAAUGAUACUGAGACAAGACAUUGCAUUCUUUGACAAGGAAACGAGCACAGGAGAAGUUGUUGGGAGGAUGUCAGGCGAUACCGUUCUCAUUCAAGAUGCCAUGGGUGAGAAGGUUGGUAAAUUCAUUCAGCUGCUAUCAACUUUCGCAGGAGGCUUUGUAAUAGCAUUUUUUAAAGGGUGGCUUCUGGCCCUUAUCAUGCUCUCUGUUAUUCCUCCUCUGGCAAUCUCAGGUGCAGUAAUGGCGAUCGUUAUAACCAAGAUGGCAUCCCGUGGCCAAACAGCUUACACAGAAGCAGGAGUUGUUGUAGAACAGACAAUUAGCUCAAUUAGAACGGUUGCAUCAUUUACUGGGGAGAAGCAAGCUAUAGAUAAAUACAACAAGUCUCUGAAGUCUGCUUACAAGUCCAAUAUUCAGGAGGGUUUGGCUGCAGGAGUAGGCCUUGGUGUUUUCAUGUUUCUUGUGUUGUGCUGCUAUGCUUUGGCUAUAUGGUUCGGUUCAAGGAUGGUACUGAACAAAGGAUAUUCAGGUGGUAAUGUGAUGACUGUGAUUUUUGCAGUGUUGACCGGCGCCUUAUCUCUGGGCCAGGCCUCUCCAUGCAUGAGUGCAUUUGCAGCAGGACAAGCUGCAGCAUUCAAGAUGUUUGAGACAAUCAAGAGGAAUCCAGAGAUAGAUACAUACAACACUAGUGGACUAAAGCUGGAUGACAUCCGAGGAGAGAUCGAAUUAAGAGAUGUCUAUUUCAGUUAUCCAGCAAGGCCAGAUGAGCACAUAUUUGCCGGAUUCUCUCUCUCCAUACCCAGCGGCAUGACAGCAGCCCUGGUUGGAGAGAGCGGGAGUGGAAAGUCGACAGUGAUCAGUCUAAUAGAGAGAUUUUAUGACCCACAAUCUGGUGAAGUUCUUAUAGAUGGUAUAAAUCUCAAGGAGUUUCAGCUAAGAUGGAUCAGAGAGAAAAUCGGGCUUGUUAGUCAGGAACCUGUGUUGUUUGCUUCAAGCAUCAAAGAUAAUAUUGCCUACGGCAAGGACGGUGCAACUGUUGAAGAGAUCAGAGCUGCCACUGAGCUUGCUAAUGCUUCCAAAUUCAUAGACAAAAUGCCUAAGGGUCUGGACACCAUGGUGGGUGAGCAUGGAACUCUGCUAUCAGGAGGGCAGAAGCAGAGAAUUGCUAUAGCUAGAGCAAUUCUAAAGGACCCACGAAUCCUCCUCCUAGACGAAGCGACAAGUGCGCUCGAUGCAGGGUCUGAACGGAUCGUGCAGGAGGCGCUAGACAGGAUCAUGGUCAACCGAACCACUGUCAUUGUGGCCCAUCGCCUGAGUACAGUGAGGAAUGCUGACAUGAUCGCCGUGAUUCAUCGAGGAUCACUAGUUGAAAAGGGUUCUCAUUCAGAGCUUCUCACGGAUCCAAACGGAGCAUAUUGUCAACUAAUACGCUUGCAAGAAGUACAACAGGAAUCAGAAGAUUCAAAGCUAACUGGUCGCAACAAGCAGGAAAUUACAUCAGAUUUUAAUCCAACAUUGAUCCAACGCUCAUCUUUCCGACGAUCUUUAAGCAGGGAAUCAUCCAGGAGUGAUGGAAACAGAAGCCACCACUCAUUUUCAAUCUCGACUAGGCUACCGCCCGCACCCGAUAUCCAAGAAGCCCUAGAACUGGAACCCGAAAUCCCAAUGCCAUCAGAGAAGGUACACAAAGUUUCACUCCGCCGACUCGCCUAUCUCAACAGGCCAGAGUUCCCAAUACUGCUGCUCGGCGGUGUUGCAGCAGUCAUCAAUGGUGUCAUAUUUCCCCUUUUUGCAAUCUUUAUUUCUAGUAUAAUUCGGAUGCUCUAUAAGCCACCUGACAAGAUACGUAAGGAGUCCAGGUUUUGGUCAUUGAUGUUCAUCGGCCUUGGCGUGGUCUCACUAGUGGCAUCCUCAGCUCGAACAUACCUAUUUGGCAUAGCCGGCUGCCAGUUGAUAAAAAGGAUCCGGUUGAUGUCAUUCAAGAAGGUGGUACACAUGGAGAUUGAGUGGUUUGAUAACGCUGAGAAUUCGAGCGGUGCGAUUGGUGCGAAGCUGUCAGUGGAUGCCGCAACCAUUCGUGGACUGGUUGGAGAUGCGCUUGCACUGAUGGUGCAGAAUGCUGCAUCUGUGAUUGCUGGACUGGUAAUCGCAUUUGAAGCGAAUUGGCAAUUGGCUCUAAUAAUCUUAGCUAUGGUACCAUUGAUAGGCCUUGGUGGAUGGGUCGAAAUGAAGUUCUUGAAGGGAUUCAGUGCAGACGCAAAGAUGAUGUAUGAGGAAGCGACUCAGGUUGCUAAUGAUGCAGUUGGGAGUAUAAGAACAGUCGCCUCUUUUUGUGCGGAAGAGAAGGUUAUGGAACUCUAUAGAAAGAAAUGUCAAGGUCCUAUGAAGACAGGAAUAAAGCAGGGGCUGGUCAGCGGCGUUGGUUUCGGGCUCACCUUUUUCCUGCUGUUCUGUGCCUACUCAACCAGUUUCUAUGCUGGGGCUCGGCUCGUUGAGGAUGGGAAGACAAAUUUCAUGCAUGUUUUACGUGUUUUCUUUGCGCUGACCAUGGCAGCCAUUGGAGUUUCUCAGUCAAGCUCCCUAGCACCAGAUGCCACAAAAGCAAAGGCUUCUGCAGCUUCUAUAUUUGCACUUCUCGAUAGGAAAUCAAAGAUAGAUCCAAGUAAUGAUUCCGGAGCGACAAUUGAAUAUGUGAAGGGUGACAUUGAGUUUCAGCAUGUCAGUUUCAGGUAUCCCACGAGGCCAAAUGUUCAAAUAUUCCAAGACCUCUGCCUGGCCAUUCAAUCUGGCAAGACAGUCGCACUGGUUGGAGAAAGUGGGAGCGGGAAAUCGACUGUGAUCUCGCUGUUGCAAAGAUUCUAUGAUCCUGAUUCAGGUUACAUUAUGCUGGAUGGAAUCGAAAUUCAAAAGUUACAGUUGAGGUGGUUGAGGCAGCAGAUGGGUCUGGUGAGUCAAGAACCAGUGUUGUUCAACGACACGAUCCGAGCCAACAUUGCCUAUGGAAAGGAAGGAAAUGCAACCGAAGCGGAGAUUUCAGCAGCGGCAGAGUCUGCAAACGCCCACAAGUUUAUAAGUGGUUUGCACCAGGGGUACAACACAGUAGUAGGAGAGCGAGGGGUCCAACUGUCAGGUGGGCAGAAGCAACGGGUGGCUAUUGCACGUGCCAUAGUGAAAGAGCCAAAGAUUCUGCUAUUGGAUGAGGCGACAAGUGCGCUGGACACUGAGUCCGAGCGAGUGGUUCAGGAGGCAUUGGAUCAAGUGAUGAUGAAUCGAACAACGAUCGUGGUGGCCCACCGGCUGUCCACAAUCAAAGCAGCUGAUCUAAUUGCUGUGGUUAAGAAUGGAGUGAUCAUAGAGAAAGGGAAGCAUGAAGCUUUAAUCAAUAUCAAGGAUGGGGCUUAUGCCUCCUUAGUAGCACUUCACAGAGGUUCUUCUUAAUUGUCUUUAUGCAGUUUUCUCUUGUUUCUUCCCAUUAUUGUAAUUUAUUGUUAUUUAUGUAGUUCUGACUUGAGAUGGAUGCUUUUUGAAGAACCAACGUCCCACCACACGUGCAUCAUCCAAGACAUUUGCCAGGCAGGCAUCUAGGUAGUGUCCAUCCAGUUGCCUUAGAAAUGUACGUUGAAUGCGGAACAUGUCUUUUCAACCGUCCAUAAUUUCAUA